CUGCGUCUCCAUCACCACCAUGCAGCGGAGGCGGCGGAGGCGGGCGGGUCUACUCGCCAUAGCGGCUCUCCUCUCUCCCUGUACUUCUUCUAACAACGCUGACGAAUGGUCCACUAGCGGCGCACGGGACGCCACGCCGUGCCUCGUAUCACCUCAGGACGGCAAGUGCGUCGCACUGACCCAAACCGCAGCUGGGGACGAGUGGCGCGUAGCGCUGGAGGGCGCGAGCUACCACUUCGAUGAUGUGGCCCUUCCGCCGCUGGUGCGGAAGCUGGUACUGCACGGGAACAUGACGCGCGUUACGUUUGACGCUGCCAGCCGCUGGACGGGCGAGCGCCUGGCCGCGCUGCUAUUUAUUGGCCUGGACCUAUCCAACACCUCGCUGCCGGUGUUGCCGGGAUCGCUUACACAGGCACACUUGGUGGACUGCGUGCUAAAUAGGAUGGCUGUGGCAUGGCUGCUGUCGCUACCGAGACUUGAGACGCUCGUAUUCUCAAACAACACUGUAACUGGUGAGAGGCAAACGCUAAUGGAGCUCAGUGAGCAGCAAUUCAAGCUUCUCAGCUCCCGCUUGGCGGAGAAAUCAACAAUUCAGACGGAGAUAGACGAAGCGCAGACGAUUGAGUGUCAGGAUGUACGAGGUGGGCGCGUAGAGAGGUUUACUGGCAGUCAGGUGUGCGUUGUCCCCGACGACAGUGCUGUUGCUCGACAACUGCAGACGUCAGCAGACUCUGGAUCUGACGCUAAACUAGCAGAAGACAACAGCGAUGACAUGGAUGCUUCCAGUCGCAGCUCGUCGUCCGAUGACGGCCACACGCCGACACUCGUCCUGCUCAGUAUGGGCUUGCCGUUCGUCUACUUUUUGUACAAGGUGGCCCUCUACAUCUACUACAUGCGGACCUACAACCGAAGUCCCAAAGAGAGCAAGAGCGCCAACGUCGGCACGACAAACGACAGUGAACGGGAUCGACCCACGGCCAACGAGUCGACCACUUCUCCACCAGCGAGCCCAUCGCCUCGGGUACAUCGAAAGCAGGACAAACAGCCAUUCUUCAGCAACAACGUUGGAUUUUGGGUGGAUGAGGAGCUGCACCCCUGGCGGUUGGACUUUCAGCGUCUGAAAAUGGUCAAGUGCCUCAACCUGCUGACUUCUGAAAAGCGCCAGACGCUACGCAAGCAAAGCGUGACGAGUGCUAUGAACCCUCGCGAGAUUUGGCUGGCUUCUUUAGCUCGUGCAAAAGGAGCAGCGGUGGCAGUGUCUCCAGGGGGAGGCGCUACAGAUACUUUAGUGGUGGCAAAGUUUUUGACUCCGAAGGAAGACCAAGGACUGCGCUCUUCUGCAAGUGGAAACGGUGGAGGAGGCGCGAGCGAUAAACUCAAAAGCGAGUUAAAGCGUCAAGCUGUAUUCUCACAUCCACAAGUCGUGGCUUUCAUCGGCGUGGCCUGGUCGCGCGAAACGAACCUGGUCGCCAUUACAGAGUACAUGGCUCAAGGCGACCUCCGACAAUGGCUUCAUCGCACUGCGAACAAGCAAAGUGGAAAAUGGACGGUACUUAAAGCUCAAAUGUUGCUGGACGUAAGCAGAGCGUUGCUUUACCUUCACUCCAUGCACCCACGUCUGGUACACGGCAACUGCAACUCCCGGAACGUGCUGUUGGACCAGUCACUGCGAGCCAAACUGAGCGAUUUUGGUAUGGACAGUCGAGCCGAUGGCCUUAGUGAGCAGGAGCUCAUGUCGUACAGUGCGGUGGGCUCUGGUCGAUGGAUAUCACCUGAAGCGCUACUAGGGCGCGAGACUAGCGCUUCGUACCCGGACGCCAGCGAUGUGUACUCGUUUGGAAUCCUAAUUGCAGAGAUGGAUUCGCACGAGCUUCCGUUUUCGGAUCUGAUGCAGGCCAACCGGUCAGCUGUGCCCGAGACGGACAUCCUACAGCUAAUUGCGAGGGGAGCGCUGUCGCCCACGCUGUCGUCGGCGUGCCCGAAGAGCAUCAUAAAACUCGUGAACGCGUGCACCAGCUACAAGCCUAAAUACAGACCUAGCAGUUCGCAAGUGCAGCAGGACCUCCUGCGUAUUUUGGAAGACUUCCGGGCGAUUGAGAAUAACACGACGGCAACCAUAUCAGUCGGAGCACCGCGCUCGAACCCGCCGUCGAAUUUGGUAUGA